GCAGGUCUCCGCUGCCUCCUGGGAGCGGGCGGGAAGCGGGACCGCACCUGCAGCGAUCCGCUGCAGGCUCCGGUGCGGUCACCUGUGGCUGCGCUCCUUGUUCCCCCGCGCCCGGUCAUGGUGCACGUGGAGGCAGCUGCUCCGAGGGCUCGCCCGGGCUGCCUGUGAGCUGGGCACCGAAGGAGGGACCCGGCGCGGCGCCGCGGGCGCGAUGCCUGUCCUUGUGGAGGCGACGGGACGCGCAAUGGCCCUGGUCCUGGUGCUGCUGCUCCCCGCCGUGCCGGCGGGCGCUGGCGCCCUGCUCCGCCUGCAGCCUAGCAUGCCCCACGUGUGUGCGGAGCAGGAGCUGACCCUGGUGGGCCGCCGCCAGCCCUGCGUGCGGGCCUUCAGCCGGACGGUGCCCGUGUGGAGGCCGGGCUGUGGGCGGCAGGCGUGGUGCGUCAGCCACGAGCGGAGAACCAGCUACUACGCCAGCUACACGCAGGUGUACACCACAGAGGCCCGGACGGUGCUCAGGUGCUGCCCCGGGUGGAGCCAGCGGCCCGGCGCCCAGGGCUGCCCCUCCGCUGACUGCAGCGCCGGCCUCUGUCUCAACGGUGGCAGCUGUGAGCCCGGCUCAGCCCGACUGUGCCACUGCCCCCCAGGCUUCCAGGGCCCCCGCUGCCAGCACGACGUGAACGAGUGUGCCACCGAAAACGGGGGCUGCGAGGCCCACUGCUGCAACACGGUGGGGGGCUUCUACUGCCGCUGCCCCCCUGGCCGCCAGCUGCAGGGAGACGGCAAGGCCUGCGGAGAUGUGGACGAGUGCCAGAUGCACAAUGGCGGCUGCCACCACAGGUGCGUGAACACACCUGGUUCCUACGUCUGUGAGUGCAGGCCCGGCUUCCGGCUCCACGCAGAUGGCAGGACCUGCCUGGCUGUCCCCUCCUGUGCCGUGGGCAACGGGGGCUGCCAGCACAGCUGUCUGCAGCUCACCGUGACCCAGCACCGCUGCCAGUGCCGGCCUGAGUUCCAGCUCCAGGAAGACGGCAGGCGCUGCGUCCGGAGAAACCCGUGUGCGGACCGGAACGGCGGCUGCAUGCACACCUGCCGGGCGCUCCGGGGCCUCGCCCACUGUGAGUGCCACCCGGGCUACCGGCUGGCGGCUGACCGCAAGGCCUGCGAAGACGUGGACGAGUGUGCGGAGGGACUGGCCCAGUGUGCUCACGGCUGCCUCAACACUCGAGGGUCCUUUAAGUGCGUGUGCCGCGCAGGCUACGAGCUGGGGGCCGACGGUCGGCAGUGCUACAGGAUCGAGAUGGAGAUCGUGAACAGCUGUGAGGUGGACAAUGGCGGCUGUUCCCAUGGCUGUAGCCACAGCAGUGAGGGGCCGCUGUGCACCUGCCCCCGUGGCUACGGGCUGGACGAGGACCAGAAGACGUGCAUCGACGUGGACGACUGCGCCGAUGCACCCUGCUGCCAGCAGGCUUGCGCCAACAGCCCCGGCGGCUACGAGUGCAGCUGCUAUGCCGGCUACCGGCUCCUCCCUGACGGCUGCGGCUGUGAGGAUGUGGAUGAGUGUGCGUCUGACCGCGGGGGCUGCGACCACCACUGCACCAACCUGGCAGGCUCCUUCCGGUGCUCCUGCGAGGCUGGCUUCCGGCUGGACGAGGACCGCCGGGGCUGCUCUCCCCUAGAGAUGGACCCGGAUGGCCGGCUGCCCUUCGUGCGGCCCCUGCCACAUGUCUCGGUGCUGCAGGACGCGCUGUCCCACCUCUUCCAAGACGACUAUGUCGGGGCUGAGGAGGCGGAGGCCCGGGGCGAGCACACGCUGGAGGAGAAGUUUGUCUGCCUGGAGGAUGCCUUCGGCCCCGACUGCAGCCUGACCUGCGAGGACUGUGGGAACGGGGGGACCUGUCUCCCGGGCCUGGACGGCUGCGACUGCCCCGAGGGCUGGACCGGGCUCGUCUGCAACGAGACUUGCCCCCCAGACACCUUCGGGAAGAACUGCAGCUCUGCCUGCAGCUGUCAGAACGGCGGGACCUGCGACCCUGUGACGGGGGCCUGCCGCUGCCCCCCGGGUGUCAGCGGAGCCCACUGUGAGGAUGGCUGCCCCAAGGGUUUCUACGGCAAGCAUUGCAGUAAGAAGUGCCACUGCGCCAACCGGGGCCGCUGCCACCGCCUCUACGGGGCCUGCCUCUGUGACCCCGGGCUGUACGGCCGCUUCUGCCACCUGGCCUGCCCGCCGUGGGCCUUCGGGCCAGGCUGCUCGGAGGAGUGCCAGUGUGAGCAGCCGAACACGCAAGCCUGCGACGGGAAGGACGGCAGCUGCUUCUGCAAGGCGGGCUUCCGGGGCCGGCGGUGCGAGCACGCGUGCGAGCCUGGCUUCUUCGGGCCGGGCUGCCAGCAGGCCUGUGCCUGUCCCCCGGGCUUAGCCUGUGACCAUGUCAGCGGCGAGUGUGGGAAGCGGUGUCCUGCCGGCUACCGGGGGGAGGACUGUGACCACGAGUGCCCAGAGGGGACAUUUGGUGUGAACUGCUCGGGCUCCUGCUCCUGCGGGGGGGCCCCCUGCAACAGGGUCACUGGGCAGUGCCUGUGCCCGCCUGGGCGGACGGGGGACGCCUGUGGGGAAGAUUGCCCCGAGGGCCGCUGGGGGCUCGGCUGCCAGGAGAUAUGCCCAGCGUGUGAGCACGGAGCUGCCUGUGAGCCCGAGACUGGAGCCUGCCGGUGCCGCCCCGGCUACACGGGCAGCCUCUGCCAGGAUGCGUGCCCCGCAGGCUGGUUUGGGCCCGGCUGCCACACGCGCUGCUCCUGUGCCAACGAUGGGCACUGUGACCCGGCGACCGGGCAUUGCAGCUGCGCCCCGGGGUGGACCGGCCUCAGCUGCCAGAGAGCCUGUGACAGCGGACGCUGGGGACCUGACUGCAGCCGCACCUGCAACUGCAGCGCGGGCCACGGGGGCUGCGACGCCAUCAGCGGCUCCUGCCUGUGCGAGGCCGGCUACCUGGGCCCGCGGUGCGAGCAGCGGUGUCCCCAAGGCCGCUUUGGGCCGGGCUGUGAGAGGCGGUGCCGGUGUGAGCACGGAGGGGCCUGUGACCACGUCAGUGGGGCCUGUACCUGCCCAGCUGGCUGGAGGGGCACCUUCUGUGAGCUAGCCUGCCCAGCCGGCUUCUUCGGACUGGACUGCCACCGUGCCUGUGACUGUGCCGCCGGGGUGCCCUGCGAUGCCGAGAGUGGCGCCUGUCUCUGCCCUGCGGGCCGCCGGGGCCCCCGCUGCGCCCAGACCUGCCCGGCCCUGACCCAUGGGCACAACUGUAGCCAGGCCUGCACCUGCUUCAACGGGGCCUCCUGUGACCCGGUCCACGGGCAGUGCCACUGUGGCCCUGGCUGGACCGGCCCCAACUGCCUGCAGGCCUGCCCCGCGGGUCUGCAUGGUGAGGACUGCCGGCACGUCUGCCUCUGCCGGAACGGAGGCACCUGCGACCCUGUCUCGGGCCACUGCACCUGCCCGGAGGGCUGGGCUGGCCCGGCCUGCGAGGAGGAGUGCCCCCCAGGGCGCUUCGGAGCCGGCUGCCAGCACGGCUGCGGGUGCCUCCGUGGCGGCCUCUGUGACCGGCACACAGGCAGCUGCCUCUGCCCCGCUGGCUGGACGGGGGACAAGUGUCAGAGCCCCUGUGCCGAGGGCACGUUCGGGGCUCGCUGUGAGGAGCGCUGUGCCUGCCGGCGGGGAGCCACCUGCCACCCCGUCACUGGGGCCUGCCUCUGCCCCCCGGGAUGGAGGGGCUCUCGGUGUGACACUGCCUGCCCACGUGGCUGGUUCGGAGAGGCCUGUGCCCAGCGCUGCCGGUGCCCGGCGGACACCGCCUGCCACCAUGUCACUGGAGAGUGCCGCUGUCCCCCGGGCCUCACUGGGCCUGGCUGUGAACAGGCCUGUCCACCCGGCACCUUUGGGGAGAACUGUGGGCAGAAGUGCCAGUGUCCCAGCAAGAACCAGGCCUGCGACCCUGCCUCGGGCGUCUGUGUGUGUGCAGCCGGCUACCGCGGCACCGGCUGCCGGCAACGGUGCCCCCCCGGGCGCUUCGGGUCCGGUUGUGAGCAGCUGUGUGGAUGUCUCAACGGGGGUUCCUGUGACGCAGCCACGGGCGCCUGCCGCUGCCCCGCUGGCUUCCUGGGUGCCGACUGUGGCCUCUCCUGUCCACAGGGCCGCUUUGGCCCCGGCUGUGCCUACCUGUGCAGCUGUGGGCAGGGGGCGACCUGUGACCCUGUGACCGGCAACUGCACCUGCCCGCCGGGGAGGACCGGCGCCCACUGCGAGCACGACUGUCCCCGAGACCGGUUUGGCGCCAGCUGUGAGCACACGUGCGCCUGCAGAAAUGGGGGCCUGUGCCACCCGGCCAACGGCAGCUGCUCCUGCGGCCUGGGCUGGACAGGGCUGCACUGUGAGCUGGCCUGCCCCGCCGGGCGCUAUGGGGCCGCCUGCCACCUGGAGUGCUCCUGCCGCCACAACGGCACCUGCGAGCCCAGCACGGGAGCCUGCCGCUGCCGCCCCGGCUUCUACGGCCAGGCCUGCGAGCACUCCUGUCCCCCUGGCUUCCACGGGGCUGGCUGCCAGGGGCUGUGCAAGUGCCACCAUGGAGCCCCCUGCCACCCGGCCAGCGGCCAGUGUCUCUGCCCUGCUGGCUUCCGAGGCCAGUUCUGUGAGAGCGGGUGCGAGCCAGGCUCAUUCGGAGAGGGCUGCCGCCAGCAGUGUGACUGUGAGGAAGGGGCGGGCUGUGACCCAGUCACUGGCCACUGCUUGUGCCCUCCAGGACGCAGGGGGCCCACCUGCGGCCUUGACUGCAGACCCGGCUUCUUUGGCCCAGGCUGUGUGCUGCGCUGUGACUGCGGGGGUGGGGCCGACUGCGACCCGGUCAGUGGCCAGUGUCACUGCGUGGAUGGCUACACAGGGCCCACGUGCCGGCAAGGUGGGCCACCCCAGCUCCCUGGGGUCCCGUUCCCAGCCCUGAGUCCAGGUAAGGGGGCCAGGGGCAUUGGUCGGCCUCACUGGUACGUCAUCACUGGUACGUCAUCAGCAGCAGACUAAGGUCAGAGGAGGAGGAGAGGAUCAGGCACCAUGUGGCAUCUGACCCUCAGAGAACGGCCCAGGGGAGGCUGGGAGGGGCGGCUGGAGCUGGCGAGCCGAGGUGGGGGGAGUGUGAGGUGCCCCUGCCCUCGCCUGGGGCUGACCCUCGGCCUCUUGU